UCGUGCGAGCCGUUGGGUCGACGCUAUAUCGCAAUUCGCGUAUCCGCUCCACGCUUUUGAAAAUAACUUCACCGUUAGACCGAAAAAAUUCGGAGCGCGAAAAAAAUUUUGGAAAGCAAAAGUUUAAAGCAAAUAAAAAAAGUUCAAGCCGGGGCUUUAGGCCAGCUCAUCGCAUUUGUCGAGCGAAAAAAGCGUUAAUUGAAAAAUAAUCUGCGGAAGAUGGCAACAGCUUGCCUGCCAGAAUUCACGGAACGCUUUCAAACCCCACCAGCGGAGUCACGAACAAUUGAAAGUGUUGGCAGCAGUUGUAAAGAACCAUCCAAAACAAGUGGGUUCUUCUAUAGCGCCAGCACCAAUUACCACAGUAAAGUGCAGCAGCUGAUCAGCUUCAGCUUCACCUCCUCAUUCCACCUGCUUUUCAUCACCUGUAUCCUGAGCAUUAGCAAGUUCUGCAAUGCGGCAGCGGUCAAUGCCGCCCAGGUUACCGCCGCCACGCCCACUGCCAGCGAGAUAAUGCACAAUCUGAGCGGAUCGGCGCUGCUGGAGCGCCUGAAAGCCAGCACUUUAGGACCGCCCCUGGAUCGCUUAAAACACAUCGCUCCUGCGGCAGCGAAUAGUUUAAGCCCGGGAAUCGGAUCGGGAAUGGGACUCGGAAUUGGAAUGGGCAACUUUGGCAACUCCAUCAACUCGGUGCUCAACGGAAACCCUUUCAAGUUCUUGAACGUGUCGGGAAAGAUCGGCACCCCACUGGAUAUCUCGCUCGGUCUGACCAACUACUGCGAUGAAAAGCAGUUCCAGUGCUCCUCCGGUGAUUGUAUCCCCAUACGGUUCGUGUGCGAUGGCGCCUCCGAUUGUCCAGACCACAGCGACGAGCGGCUGGAGGAGUGCAAGUUCACAGAAUCGACUUGCAGCCAGGAGCAAUUCCGCUGCAGCACCGGAAAAUGCAUUCCGCAAAGAUGGGUGUGCGAUCGGGAAAACGACUGCGCCGAUGGAAGCGACGAAGCGCAGACUCGUUGCCGGGGUCGAUGCUCCCCUGCGAUGGUUAUGUGUAAAAAUGGUGAGCAAUGUGUACACAAGGAAUUUAUCUGUGAUGGCGACGAAGACUGUCGCGACGGGUCCGACGAAUCAGAAUGUGCCAGAAGCCAAACUUGUUCGCCCGAGCAGUUUUCCUGCAAAUCAGGCGAGGGCGAGUGCAUUCCCUUGGCCUGGAUGUGCGAUCAGAACAAAGAUUGCCGCGAUGGAAGCGAUGAGGCCCAGUGCAAUAGGACGUGUCGCUCGGAUGAGUUCACCUGUGGCAAUGGACGUUGCAUACAAAAUCGCUUCAAGUGUGACGACGACGACGACUGCGGCGAUGGUUCGGAUGAGAAGGAAUGCGGGGAAAGACCUAAAUGCCCCCAGGAGUCCUUUACCUGUCCAACUGGCACCUGCCUUCCCAGGGAAUGGGUCUGCGACGGCGAUUCAGACUGCGCUGGUGGCGCAGAUGAGCAAAACUGUCACACUCGUCGCUUGAGUUUCUGUCAUGCGUCCGAGUUCCAGUGCUCGGAUCGCAUCACCUGCCUGCACCCGUCGUGGGUGUGCGACGGCGAGGCAGAUUGUGAAGAUGGCGAGGACGAGUCACAGGAGAAGUGCGCGAACGUGUCCUGUCGUCCGGAUCAGUUCCAGUGUGCCGAUCGCAGCUGCAUCGCCGGCCACUUGAUCUGCAACGGGGACAGGGACUGUGCGGAUGGCAGUGAUGAGAAGACGUGCAACAUCAGUGCACCGCUGAGGGGCUGCAAUGCAUCCAGCGAGUUCGAUUGCGGUGGUGGCCAGUGCAUUCCGCGGUCCAAAGUCUGUGACCAGAGGAAGGACUGUCCGAAUGGCGAGGACGAGCCCGCUGGCAAGUGCAGCAUCAAUGAGUGCUCCAAGGGCAACGGCGGCUGCAUGCACCAGUGUGUGGACAUGGAGGUGGGUUUCCGCUGCGAGUGCCACGAUGGCUACAAACUGGCCGCCGACAAUCGCACCUGCGUGGACAUCGAUGAGUGCGAGACCCAAGGCGUUUGCUCCCAACGGUGCGUCAAUGAGAUCGGAGCCUUCAAGUGCGAGUGCGAGGCGGGCUACAUGAGGGUCCUGAAGAACCACACUAGGUGCAAGGCCAGCGAAGGACAUGCCUCGCUGCUCUUGGCCAGACGGCACGACAUCCGGAAGAUAGCCCUCGAUCGCCCGGAAAUGACUUCCAUAGUGAACAGUACAAAGUCAGCCACUGCCCUGGACUUUGUCUUCCGCACGGGGAUGAUCUUCUGGAGCGAUGUGACCACGCAGAGUAUAUAUAAGGCGCCAAUAGACGAGGGCAGUGAGCGCACUGUGGUGCUGACCAAAUCCUCGGUGACCUCGGAUGGCCUGGCUGUGGACUGGAUCUACAACCACGUUUACUACACGGACACCAACAAGUGCACCAUCGAACUGACCAACUUCGAGGGCAGCAUGGGCAAGGUUCUGGUGAAGGACGCGCUGGACAUUCCGCGCUCCAUCGCCCUGGAUCCCAUCGAUGGCUGGAUGUACUGGUCCGACUGGGGCGCCUCUCCUCGCAUCGAAAGGGCGGGCAUGGACGGCUCCCACCGCACCGCCAUCAUCAGCUACGAUGUCAAGUGGCCUAACGGCAUCACCCUGGACCUGGUUCUCAAACGCCUCUACUGGGUGGACGGCAAGUUGAACUCCAUUUCAUCGGCCAACUACGACGGCUCGCAAAGGCGUCAGAUUCUCUACUCCGCCGAAUACCUGCGACAUCCCUUCUCGAUCACCACCUUCGAGGACUACGUCUACUGGACCGACUGGGACAAACAGGCCGUCUUCAAGGCCAACAAGUUUAAUGGAGAAAAUGUUGAGGCUGUCACCGCAACACAUAUGUUGGAACAUCCCAUGGUGGUGCAUGUGUACCACCCGUACCGCCAACCCGAUGGUGUGAACCACUGCCAGUCGGUCAACGGCCACUGCUCCCAUCUCUGCCUGCCAGCUCCCAGGAUUAACGAGAGAAGUCCCCGCAUAUCCUGCGCCUGUCCAACGGGUCUGAAGCUGAUGGCCGACGGCCUUAUGUGUGUGGAAGAUUCGCGUAUCCCAAGUGUGCGUCCCACUGCACCGAUCCAUCGGACGACCAACCAGUCAUCUAUUUCAACCACAAAACUACCUCCAGAUGCGCACAGUGAAGCGCCGGUUAAAGAGAAAGUUGGCGUGAAUGGCACAGUCGUAAUUGACAAAGCUGAUGAGUCUGCCCAAAAGACAGAAAAGGACUACGGCCAAGUAGCCUUGAUUGUGAUAGCCAGUCUAACCAGUACCGCCGUACUAGCUUCCAUCAUCUUUGUUCUAUACCGACGAUGCACGCGGGCGGUGAACUCGAUAAACUUCGAGAAUCCCGUCUACCACAAGACGACGGAGGAUCACUUCAGUCUGGAGAAGAACGUAUCGCCGCAUAUGUACGCCACUGCCAUGGAGGAGGAGUCUGGCAAUCCUCUCUUUGAACCGAGCACCCAAUGUGUCUAAGGCACCUCCAAAGUUUCAUGUAAAUGCAUAUCCAGCAAAUAAUGGACGAUAGACCAAGAACAACUACAAAGCAUCUCCUACUUGUAAUUCCUUUUUGGACCAAGGCCCCAAAAACUCAACUAAGAAGUGAAAGUUCAAUGAGAGAAAUGCUAAGAAAACUGAGCUUUCUUUUAGCAGUAAGAAAUGAAGAAUGCCAAAAAGAAUAUAGAAAAGACAAGAACGAUAUCAGAUUGGGGGCAAAAAAAUACUCAACAAAUUUAAUUUGUUGCCUAGUUUAAAAUUUAAUUUAAAUGUAUCAACACUAAACACACACACAGAUACCCUCACACACCAACAUUCACAUGCAUUAACUAAUAACAAUGAAAAACCUUUUUAGGCGCAACGUUUUGACAUCAACUAACGUCGCCCCACACACACACACACACAAACAUCAACGCAUAUCCUCCCACCCACAACAACAACACCCACGCACACACACAAAAGCCCAGAAGAACUCAAUGAAGGAACGAGCCGGGAUUUAGAGCCAGAAGUCCAACUUUCCUUUCACGUCCAUGAAAUCAAUUGUAAAAAGUUAAGAAAUUUCGUUGAAGAAGAAGGAAACAUUUUGUGAAUUCGAAAAAGAACAGAUUAUAGCUAAACUGUAAAUGUUUAUAAGCCUAACAAUUAUUGUGACUAGCUAUAAUAUAUUUUUGUUAUCAAUGAACUAAUUAAAAACAGUCUUGAAAGUAAAGUUUUUAGCACCAAGUUGGAAUCCUUUUUAGCAAAAUAUUAAAGAAAAACCUCUCUGUAAAUACAUAGGUACUAAAUUGUUUAGCAAAAAUUUACAAGACAAAAUUAUAAAUUUAGAGUGGUUGAAAUCAUUUUACCAUUAUACUUUGCUCCGUUUUCGUUCUUGAGUAUUUACAACAAUUUGCUGUGAUCAGUUUAAAAGCAUUAAACCUACAUAAAAAUCAUUUAAUUUUAAUAAGUUUAAUAUUCCUCUCAUUUAAUUAAUGUAUAAACAAGCUUUCAAAUAUUUUUAUUUAUUUACAAAUUUUACACAACAACAAACAAUUUUAUGUGUAUUGGCAAUUUUGGUUCCUGUGAAAUAUAUUUUAUUUUAGGCAUUAAAAGUAUUUGCUUGAAUGCUUUUUUGAAAACAAAAUAUUAGCUUACUUAAAAUGGUAUGUGUGAAAAGUUGAAUAAACAAAUUUAUGAAAUUUUA